AAUAGCAAAUAUGCAUUUGUCAUUAUUUCACUGUAUUUUAGCAGUACUGAACAGGCCAAUGCAAAGAUUGCAUGUGCUUAUCCUGACUCACUCACAGUGCAAAUCCUUCAUAUUAAUAUUUUAAUCUUUCCCUAAUGACCAUCUCUCAUUAUAAAAGGACCUAGAAAGUCCUGAUGAAUUAUUCAGUAUCUCAUCAUCUCAGUUGCAUCAUCUCAGGAAGUGGGAGCUGUUCUGUAACUUAAAGAUGCUGCCCAAAAUAUUGCUGGUUUUCUUAGCAAUGGUAGCUCAUCCUGUCAUGGCUGGCACACCUAGGAGGUCUAUAGAUGUGCCAUUCCAAGAGAACUAUGUUCCCUCGUGGGCUGCUUAUCAUAUAAAGUACAUUGAUGGUGGGAAACAGGUCACACUUUCUCUGGACAACUCAACAGGUACUGGUUUCCAAUCUAAGGACAAAUACUUGUUUGUGAACUUCAGUAUGCAUAUAAAGAUGAUUCCUGGUGACUCUGCAGGCACUGUCACUGCUUUUUAUCUGUCAUCACAGAACUCAGAGUCUAUGAACUCAGAGCAUGAUGAGAUAGACUUUGAGUUCUUAGGCAACAGGUCUGGGCAGCCAUAUAUUCUUCAAACCAAUGUGUAUAGUGGAGGAAAAGGAGACAGAGAGCAGCGCAUUUACCUCUGGUUUGAUCCCACCAAAGAUUUCCAUUCCUACUCUGUUCUUCGGAACGUGCAGCAGACUCUAUUGUUUGUAGAUGAUGUUCCAAUCAGAGUUUUCAAGAACAGCAAGUUUUGGGGAGCGAGGAAUCCAUUCAAUCAGCCUAUGAAGAUCUACUCAAGCCUGUGGAAUGCAGAUGACUGGGCCACAAGAGGAGGACUUGAGAAAACUGACUGGAGCAAAGCACCAUUUGUUGCAACAUACAAGGGAUUCCACAUUGAUGGGUGUAAAGCAUCAUCCCUGAUACACUGUCCAUUACUAGGCAGGAAAUGGUGGGAUCAGAAGGAAUUUGAUGAUUUGGAUGGAUUGCAGUGGAGAAGGCUGAGAUGGGUGAGAGACAAGCAUACAAUCUACAACUACUGUAAUGACAGAGUGAGAUAUCCAAACAUGCCUCCUGAGUGUCGUAGAGACAGGGACAUCUAGUAUGAUGAACUGGUUUAUACAUACUGUUAUGAACAUGAUGCUUGAUCCCUUACUUUCUACAAUAAACAUACCAUGAUUUUCUAUGUGGAUGAAUGUUUAUCUAUU